UGGGACCUCUCUUUGGUAUUCGCCACGGAGUGCUUCUUGCCCUUUUGGCAGGAGCGACGCGCUGUCGAGCGGAUAGACAUCCGUCCGUCGGACUCGCAUUCCCCGUUGUUGUGUCACGCCUUUGUUGCAGCGCUGCGACAAUCGCGGGCUGCACCCAAGAGGCUCGCAUGAGACGACCAAUUCUAAGCGCUGUACGUUCAUACGCCGAAGCUCCGCAGUGCCGGCCUUACGCUGUUCCUCCACUCGCCUGCGCCAUCGGGCUGCAGAAGCUAUGUUAUUUGCAUAUUGUCUCCUCGCUGUCGACCACGACGUCGAUCUACAGCACUUUCCUCUUGCUGUUCUGGCCAAUCGACGGCACGCAAUUGCGUCGGUGCAGGUUGCGCGUCGCGCUCCAGUGCUUGGAUCACCAACGCAUGUCGGGCCAAUGUGCACGCCCACGCGGAGGAACCGAGCCCGGUCGCUGCCACCCACGCCGCGCUCUCCCGCGAGCCAUUCGCCACGCCAACGCAAGGUUCCGGGCCCCUCAUCCCUGGAUGAGUUUGACUGCCCAUCGAGGUAGUGCCACGCCUGGUACGGCCUUGAGCCGAGCAACCCGCGGGAGUCAUACGAUGCCCUCAACUGUCACGGUUGUGCACCAGAGUACUCGUGUGUAUGCGCGGUACCGAAGUCUAGAUGGGCGAUACUAGAAGGCGGAAGAUGCGGCGAUAUCUUCGUUGCAUGAGGACUCGCUCAAGUGCUUGAGCCUGGAGGACGCGUUCAUCACGUACGGAUCGUGCGGCGCGUCGUCAGCGGUCCGACAUCGCCCAAUAUCCUUUCGUUGCGUUCGAGCAUAUCCACC